ACGCUGGCAGGGCUUGGGGGACACGGGGCAGGGGCUCGGUGCCCCGGGCCUGGCUUCUGCCCUGUGACAGCUCUGAGCCUCAGGGUGCCGGGCAGCUGCGAGCUUGGGAAGGGGCUGCAUUUCCUGGGCUGGGGGCGGCGGCAGGGUGGAAGAGGACCAGGACCCUGAGUCCCCCUGGACCCCCCCGGGGCAGGGUCCCUGGCGGCACACAGGUCCUGCCUUCAGCUGACUCCGGUGGCCCAAUGGGUGUAGCGUCUAAUUUUAGUCCCGCCCAAGAGUGCCUGCCAGGGGCCACAGCGGGGGCCAGGGCUGCUCAGGAGCUGUCCAGGAGGGCUGGGUAGGGGACACGAGCCUGCUUCCUUCCAGCCCAUAUCCCUAGCCUGGCUGCCCCAUGGAAGCCCCCAGCAGCCCUCGUGGCCUGGCAGAUGGCCUUCCUCUUGGUCCAGGGCAAGGUCAGGGGUUGCAGCCGGGAGGGCAGAGGGCCACAGCCUUACUGUCUGGUCAAGGGUUGCAUCAUCCUGAGCCGUGCCUGGCGGCAGGGGCCCUGUGAGGAGGGCAAAGGCUGCCUUAGUGUCCCAAAGCCAAGGAAGCAGAGUCCCCCUGGGAGCAGGAGAGCAAGUCCAGAAAGCUGGUCCUCCUCACGUGUGGCUGGUGACUCCCCGCUGGACCUUAGGCAGGGAGCUGCCUCGGUGGGCCUCAGUCUUCCCGUCUGUACAGUAGGCGCGCAGGACUAGGAAGCUGACCUGAGGCCUGCUCUUCCUGUGUGACUGCAGAGCUGCCCACUUCCCCAGCCCUGGCCGUGGGCGGCCACAUGCAGUCCCUGAAGAGAAAGUCUCUCUGGGUGGCACUGUCAGCCUCCUGGCUCCUUCUCGUCCUCCUGGGGGUCUUCCCCCUUCUCCGCCUGGCAGUGCCGCCCAGGCCUCAGCCAGGGGCCUCCCCAGGCUGGCCCCGCUGGCUGGAUGCAGAACUUCUGCAGAGCUUCUCCCAGCCUGAGGAGCCUACAGAAGAUGCCCCUGCGUGUCCUCGAUCCCCCCACGGUGGCCGCUGUACCUGGGGAACCUGCUUUGACACCUCGAGGUGCAGAGAUGGCCUCAAGGUGUUCGUGUACCCAGCAGCUGGACCAACCUCCGAGAUGCAUCACCGGGUCACGGCCUCCCUGGAAGGCUCGCGCUACGGCACCUCCAGCCCCGCCGAGGCCUGCCUCCUCCUCUUCCUCAGCUCGGACACCCCAACUGGAGGCUGCAGCCCGGAGCCUCCACACUGGAACUCAGGCAGCAACCACCUGGUCCUCAGCCUCCACUCAGCCCCUUGCCCCUGGGCCUCUCAGCUGGGACGGGCGAUGGUGGCUGAGGCCAGCCCCAAGGUGGACACCUUCCGUCCCGGCUUUGAUGUGGCCCUCCCGCUUCUCCCCGAAGCUCACCCGCUGCGAGGCGGGGCUCCUGGCCAGCUGUGGCAGCACAGCCCCCAGCCCGGGCUAGCCCUGCUGGCCGUGGCAGAGAAGAUGGGCAGGUGGCGCCCGGCAGACGUCUACUCCCCUCCUGUUGGCUGGGACGGGCACUGUGAGCAGGACUCUGGAGCUGAGCCGACACUCCCAGGGGAAAGGCCACCCAACGCCACGUUCUGCCUCAUCCCUGGCCACCGUACCGAAGCCUGGCGCUUUCUCCAAGCCCUGCAGGCUGGCUGCAUUCCUGUGCUUCUCAGUCCCUGCUGGGAGCUGCCCUUUUCUGAAGUCAUUGACUGGACCAAGGCCGCCAUUAUAGUCGAUGACAGGCUCCCGCUUCAGGUCCUGGCUGCCCUCCAGGAGAUGUCCCCUGCACGGGUCCUCGCCCUGCGUCAGCAGACCCAGUUUCUGUGGGAUGCCUACUUUUCCUCGGUGGAGAAGGUCAUCUGGACCACUCUGGAGAUUAUUCAGGACCGGUUCUUUGGAGCACCCACUCACCCCUCUCUCCUGUGGAACAGCCCCCCAGGAGCACUCCUGGCCCGACCUACCUUUUCCCUGAGCCCCCAGGAGUUUCCCUUCUACCACCUGCAACUAGGCUCUCGCCCCGAGGGCAGAUUCAGCACCCUCAUCUGGGUGGGCCCCCCUGGCCAGGCCCCCCUGAAGCUCAUCCAGGCUGUGGCAGGCUCCCAGCACUGCGCCCAGAUCCUGGUUCUCUGGAGCAGUGACAGGCCAGUUCCAUCCAGGUGGCCUGAGACAGCUGUGCCCUUGACUGUCAUUGAGGGGCGCAGAAAGGUCAGUGACCGCUUCUUCCCGUACAGCGCCAUCAGCACGGACGCCAUCCUCAGCCUCGAUGCCCACACCAAUCUUUCCACAAGUGAGGUGGACUUUGCCUUUUCGGUGUGGCAGAGCUUCCCAGAGCGGAUGGUGGGUUUUCUGACGUGCAGCCACUUCUGGGACGAGGCCAGGGGUGGCUGGGGCUACACUGCUGAGAUGGCCAACGAGUUCUCCAUGGUUCUCAGCACAGCUGCCUUCUACCACAGGUAUUACCACACCCUCUUCACCCACUCCCUGCCCAAGGCUCUGAGGACCGUGGCAGAUGAGGCACCCACCUGUGUAGACGUCCUAAUGAACUUCCUAGUAGCAGCAGUCACCAAGCUGCCCCCUAUCAAGGUGCCCUAUAGCAAGCAGCCUCUGGGAGCUGCUGCACUGGCUCCUGGUGGUCCCGGGCCAGAGCCCCAGCCCUCCGCCCCGGACUGCAUCAACCAGAUGGCGGCAGAGUUCGGCCACAUGCCCCUGGUAUCUUCUCGCGUCCGUCUGGACCCGGUGCUGUUCAAGGACCCGGUGUCUGUGCAGCGAAAGAAGUACCGCAGUCUGGAGAAACCCUAGGAGAGACCUCGGUGGCCGCCGCGGCACCUGCCUUCGGGACGUCGGAGAUCCAAUCAAAACAGCCAGUCGGCCAGACGUCAGAUCUGGGUCCGCCAAUCACGGCUAGGGAGUCCUGAGGGGCGGGGCCUCCCCUCCCCUCACUCGGGCGGGGCUGAGUGCGCCCCACUAGGCGGCUGCACCUGUGCCUUGGGUAGGCUGGUUCCCGUGGCUGAAGGCCUGUCUUGGCCUCUCCGCUGAGCUGAUUUCUACCUGUCUUUCACAUCCUUGCCCUUCACGUCGGAUGGGGUCGCUCUGCUGCUUAGAGCUCGCGCAGUCCCGGCAGUGUUCAGGCUGGCUGGCUGUGUGUCCACCGUUGGGUCCUAGGACCCGCCUGGGAGCCCCGGAGGGUGGGUCGUGUCCUCUUCUCUCUGGCCUGGCAGGUGCGUCGCAAAUAUUUGACGAUAGAUAGAAGGGACAUUGACUGUAUGCUGGCGUGGCGGAGUGUGGUCUGGGUGUACCGAGACACAGCUAUCCGCAGACGCCUAAGUUGUCAGGCUCAAUCUUCGCGCCCCAGAGAAGCAAAGAGGUGCCGAGAAGCCAGGAGUACGGAUGGAAAUGCAGGCUGUUUGUCCCAACUUUGCCAAAGAUCCUUGGCUCUGGCUCAGCCGGGUGCCUUGCAUUACCGUCCUGGGCCACUAGAGGUCAGCGCCGCCCCGCACUCCCUACUGCGGAGGGCCCCGAGUUUUACACGCACACCUGGUGAGAAGGUGGACAAGGGGCGUGGAGGGUCAAUGGUGUGUGCAGCCCGGAGACUCCAAACCGGGAAGGAAUCUGAAAUAGCAUUACCCCAUUGGUCUGCACACUUGGAGAUCAUUAAGACGGGCCAUCUCCAGGUGGGCUGGACGGGAGGAGGGAUGCCCCAGGUCCCUGUGGGUGAGGGUGUAAAGGGGGAGGGGACGCUGGUUCUCCCGGGUUCAUCCACCUGGAAUUGGAAUUAUCACUUCCGAAAUAAAUUGCCUGCCCUU